AUUGUGGGCUAUGGAGAAAAUGCGUUCUUUCCGGGCUGUCCGGUGAAUAAUGGAUAGACAUUUCGCAUGAUCUGUUGGACAAAGUAGCGGAUGGAGAGUACAGCCACAGGUUGCAUGCAGUGUGGAACUUGAGAGGAUACAGUCGAGUUUCAGGUAUUCUUACGAAACUAAGAGGGACUUCAUCAGAAAUCGAAUGAAAUAAGAAUGGGCACGUUCGUGACCCUGGCGGAGGUGCUGGAGGCCAGGGGGUCAUCUUUGGAAGAGGAUGAGGUGUGGUGUCUCCUUCUCGGCACUGCCGAUGCCUUAAUGGAAAUCUCCCACAAAGGUCCUGGUAACAUGUGCAGUGUUUUGAGCCCUGGCUCCAUGCUUCUGUCAGCCACUGGGAACAUUGCCUUUAAGAGCUGUGCCCGGUCCGAGGACCUGAUAUCCUUCACUGCUCCUGAGGUGCAGGAGGGACACGCUGCCUCUAGCAGGACAGCCUCAGAGAAGAUGGUUGUAUAUUCCCUAGGAAUGACCCUGUACUGGUCCGUUGAUUAUCAGCUACCUCAGAACCAGCCCAUUCAGCUGAGCAACAGCCUGAACAAUCUCCUGCUGAGUAUGUGUGAGGACACGGUCCAGAGACGAGCUGAUCUUGUGACUGUGCUGGAGACCUGUGAUCAGCACGUCAAGGCUGCCCAGCUGCCCCCACCAGAGAAGCUCAUCAGACAGCUAGUACAAGAUGUGUUCCGGGACUCUGUUGAUCAUGUGUCCAUAGCUGAGAACGGGCCUCAGCUUAGUGACCGCAGUCAGACGGUAAGAGAGAGGCUCCACAGUCUAUCAGGAAGUGCCUCAUACCAUAACUCUACGUGGGGGCUCAAAAACAGAAGCACUGCAACCAUCCAAGCCGACCUCAGCAGAGGAAGUUCCCAGGGGUCACGACACAGAGAGAGUUACACCAGCUACCAGUCCCGGAGCCCCUGUAGCCCUUAUCUGGAUGGCUUUCGCCGUGGCGGUGUCCGAUCCAUAUCGUACGCAUAUCCCAAUGAGUCCACAGUCAGUCUGAAUGAAAAGAAAGUCAAGGAUUUGGGUCCUGAGUUCAUUAGAAUGCUAGACGAGCCACUUGUCAUCCUGGAGCUCCCAGGAUCCAUUGUGUCAAAGAGGGGGAAAUCUCCUUCUUCUAUGAGGGAGCUCAGCGUGGUCAUGCCAAACGGACAAAGCAUCCUGGUCAAGUGUGAUGUCAAGUCCAGAGGAGGAGAUGUCUUUGAUAUGAUUGUUGCCCACUCUAACCUGGUGGAACACUUCUACUUUGGCCUUGCUUACAUUGAAGAUGAUGAGUUUUUCUUCCUGGAAAAUGCAACAAAAAUAUCCAAGGUUGCCCCCGACAGUUGGAAGAAAGUGCCUACAUCCCCGUUUGUCCUUUUCUUUAGGGUUAAAUUCUUUGUCCACGACAUCUCUCUUCUUUUGCACAAACUGACUCGUCACCAGUAUUACCUGCAGCUGAGGAAGGACAUACUGGAAGACAGGUUGUCCUGCCAUGAAGAGACAUGCCUGUAUCUGGGUGCCUUGGCUCUCCAAGCGGAGUAUGGAGAUUGCAUGCCUGAGGUUUAUGGAAGAAACUACUAUCGACCAGACCAGUAUGUUGCCAAGAGCAUCAUGGAGAAAAGAGCCUUGCCUUACAUAAAGGAGGAGUUGUUACGAUUACAUGCCAAUAACGCCACCAUGGGUACAGACGAUUCUGAACUGGAGUUCCUUAAGGCUGCCCAGCAGCUUCCUGAGUAUGGCGUUCUGUUCUACCGUGUGGGACGUGAGAAGAGAGCAGUCAUCGGAGAGCUGAUCCUGGGAGUGUGUGCCAAAGGAGUCAUACUGUACGAGGUUAAAGAUAGCUCCCGCUCCACCAGUCAUACAUUCCACUGGCGAGAUACGACCAGUAUCUCCUCCUCAAACCGCAAAUUUGUCGUGGAGAGCCGAGGGAGCAAUAAGAAGCACACCUUAAUCACGGAGAGAUCGAAGACGGCCACGUAUCUGUGCAACCUCUGUUCUGCCCAGCACAAGUUCCACAAUGAGAUGAACUCUCGCCAGCUCAGCCUCAAUCUGGCCUCCGAGGAGAGCAUGGUGUCAAUGUGUCGGGCCCAGAACAGCCACAGCCAGAUGGACAGCCAGCUGAAGAGUUUCUCUGCCUCUGAUCCUGCUCUAACGGACAGUGGUCAGACAACACCCCAGGACGACUCCAUGACCAAACUGUGUGAUGACAUCGCAGCCAAGAUCGAGGCACGGAUAAAACACCAACGUGUCCUCCAUGAGCAGGGAAAAGCAAGGCCGUUGUCUGGGAACCUUUCCCCGGCCCUGUCUCGUGGGUCCGGGAAGCGUGGGUCUGAGGCCCCCUCCAUUUCUUCAGCACCUCGAGAUACCCCAACAAAGCGUGUCUUACCAGAGAGAGAAGUUAUUUGUGUGUCCUUAAAGAAAGACCCAAAGCUAGGCGCCGGAAUUGUUAUAGUCGGUGAAGACACAGUGGGGAAAUACGACCUUGGUAUCUUCAUAGCAUCCCUGGUGCCAGGAGGACCAGCGGAUAAAGAUGGCCGCAUCAGACCAGGUGGGCGUCUGAUCUCGCUGAAUCACUCUAGUCUGGAGGGCGUGACCUUCAGCGAGGCUGCAGACAUCAUGCAGAGCAGUCCAGAAGAAGUCACACUGAUCGUGUCCCAGCCAAAAGUUUCCUUGACACCCAACAAUGUGAGAUCUCCACUCUUGAAGAACGAUGAGUCCCUGGAGGAAUAUAAGCGCCCUGGGGAGGAUGACCUGGAUGAAAUUGUGUCUGUUAUGUUGACCCCAAAGACUGGCAGUAGACUACAACUCCCAGACGUACGCAUCCUCAACGCUCAGGAUGGCUGCUCCACACCUACUUCUUUGAACUACUUCAGGGGUGAUGAGUUCUCUGUGGAGCUGAGGAAGAAGGCUGGGGGAGGCUUAGGGAUCAGUAUUUCUGGUGGUGUGAUCACAGGUUUAUGUCAGGGUGGUGUCUACAUCAAAAGCCUAGUCUGUGGUGGGGCCGCUGAGCAAGAUGGACGCAUUCAGUCAGGUGACAGACUGCUGGAAGUAGAUGGCGUCAGGUUUCAAGGGUUAACUCAUCAGCAGGCUAUAGAGUGUCUGGAAAAGACCGGAGAGGUGGUGAACCUGGUCUUGGAGAGGGAGAACUUGACCUUGCCCCGGGUGUCUCAGAGCCCAGACGCGGGCCGCAGGCUUGUGGGUAGCAGCCUCUCUCCCCAGAGUGCCCACAUGGAGAUCGCCCCCACGAGGAACCACAGCUGUCCUGCCAUCCUCACCCCCUUUUCUGUCAGGCCCAGAGACUACAGCUUUGUGUCUGCUGCGAACACUCUGGAAGUCACCUUGAAGAAGAACCCAAACGGUUUGGGCUUCAGCUUUCUGGUGCCUGAGCUUGACCCCUUAAAAGGAAACUCAGGAAGUAGCCUUGUUCGGAUCAAGAAGCUUUUCCCCGGCCAGCCAGCGGAAGAGAGUGGGCAGAUUCAAGAGGGAGACGUCAUCCUGGCAGUCAAUGGAGAACCACUGAAGGGAUUGUCCCAUCAGAAGGUGCUCACGCUGCUGAAAAACUCUCCUUGUGAGGUCCGGCUGUCUUUGUGCCGCCCUGCUCCAGGAAUUCUGCCUCCUAUUGAAACGUUGCUUGGCACCUGAAUGAUGUGAGACCACAACCGUCAGGCACUGAUGGGAGUUCAGAGGCAUCCUUCCUGGCAGACCGACAGACAUGCUUUCAUGGUGGAGCCUCAGAGGACGAGGCUGAAAGACCGGUCAGCAUCCUCCAGUCCUCUUGGAUGCAUCACCAGAUUCUGUGAGUCAGCUGUGUUGGACGAGUGCCCCGACGGCCAGAAGGACCUGUCACGCUUAUCUACCUCAGUUUGGACGCCAUGCUCCAGGCAACUCCCACACUGCAAUGACCUGGAUAAAAGCCAAUCUCCUGUUAUUCAGAUAAUUUUGAGCAGCUGGGUUCAGACGAGUGGAUCCGACUGGGAAAGUUUCUACUUUGUAAAUCCCUGAAGUAGAAAUGGAGAUUGGACUGAUGUCAGAAAAGAUGGAGCUACAUAAUGUCUUUUGGUGCUGUGAUAUACCAGAAAGCACAUUACAUCAUCUUUAAUAAAAUGUACAUUUCACUGACCACACGCUUAUACCUGUAUCUUUUAACAUACUCCCAACUCCGUUUAUUCAUAAACCCAGACAACAUGGCAUCCCAGUGAUUCUCACACGAGAAAUUUGACUCAGCGUGAACAACAUUCUGUGAUUCUGGUCUUUGUUUCUGAAUUCUACAGCAUUAAAGAAGACUGAACGUCGUCCGUG